AACGACUGUUAUACAUCAUCGGCAGAAACUUUCACACUUCACUAACAGCUACUCAGCUAAUCAAUAAAUUCGAAGCAUUUGAUGGAACCCAAAGGUUCAUUACCGUGUUCACAACAGCUCCGCACUGAUCCCCAUCCUGAGCCAGAUGAAUCCAGUCAAUAUCUCACACCCUAAUCGCUUAAAUCGCCCCUGUACGUAACUAAGCACCGUGUCAUAAAAACGUAUGUGGGAGUGGAGGUAUAGUUCCACGUAUUAUCUUCGACAGGAGGUAAGUGGUCAGCUUCAAGCCAUGCUCGGAUUAUCUCCGGGGAAAGAGUCCCCGGUACCUUUGUUACAGAGGGCUGCAUGGGCCUCAGAAGCAGUGUGGACGCCAUAUGGAAAGUCACGAAAAGACAAAAAUUCCCCUGUGCUUAACUAAUUAAGCACUACACGGCGAUGUAUGGGGGAGUGAAGGUAUAGCUCCACCAUCCUGGACUGUGUACAGAAGAGAAAAUAUCUUAUACUUCCUGGGAAUCAAACCUAUAUUCUUCGGCCGUCUAGCCUAUAGCCUACUCACUAUACUGACUCAGCUAUUCGGUAUCAUAUUCCAUUUCUUCAGUGUCUAUUUUAAUAUUCUCUUUCUAUCUAUGGCUAAGUCGCUAAAGUGUUCCUUUUUUUUCUGAUUUCCCGACCGAAAUAUGCACAAGAAAAACAGCACAAAAACGUUACAAAGCCAAGCUGAUAAGGUAUUCGUAAGCAAACAACAAAAGUCCCUAAAACCUGCAUUCAAAUCGUGAUAUCCCGAUGUAGCGGCUGUCAUCAGACAUCAUCUGAACGGGUGGCAAGAUAAUAUUAAGACGGAUGUUGGGUAAAUACGUCAGGAUGUAAAGAGACUCACAGUAUGGCCCAGUGGGAGCCUUUUGUAGUGGUACAACAGGAAGUCUCGGUCAGGAGAUCGGCUAUACUGACUCGUGUUUAUGUAAUUAUCCCGACAUAUGUCGGAUAUCUUAAAUUCGGCCACGACCGCCUCCUUCCACAUUCUAAUUCAUCAUUCCCAAUUCAUCCUACCACUGGACACUAUGCAGCCUGAGCUACUGAUAGUGUUGUGAAAUAAAUAAUAUGCAAUAUGAAAUUUAAAUCAUUGGCAUAAGCAAGUCACGGCGUCACAUCCUAGAUUGUUCCUGUGUUCGAGCCUCGUGCGGUGACCUGAUAUCUCAAGGUCUCCGAGGUUUCCAGCAGUCUCGUCAUAACUACAGGCCACGACCGCUUCCUUGUGGUAAGACACAAUAAUCGCCAGAGAAUCAAUUCAGUGACGCAUGAGCAAUGUUUGUAACCCGGGUAGUACACCCGCAAGCGGCACUCGUUCUUUGAUCUUGCAUUGUCUCCGCCGCCUGAGCCUGGCCACAUGUCAGUAGUACACUUGCGAGCAUGCGCAUUGGAAGGCUGCGUGUCAGUGUUGCCGUGGUGGUGUGGCUGUUGGUGGUGAAGGCCCAGCAACCCGAAGGUCCGAGGGCGAACCUCGACACCCACUCGACUCUCCAGAGACUUAUUCAGAUCCUGCAGUACUGUGGGAUGGAGGAGUCGCGAGCUAUGAAGCGAGUCUACCUCUCCACACCGAACGUCACGUGCAACGAUGGCUCGCCGGCUGGGUUCUACCUGCGUAGGUCACAUGGCAGCCAGCGAUGGAUUGUCUUCCUGGAAGGAGGUUGGUACUGCUAUGACCACCAGAGCUGCCUUACACGCUGGCAGCGACUGCGCCACCUGAUGACAUCACACCACUGGCCAGAGACUCGUAGUGCGGGUGGUAUCCUGUCUGUGAACCCAGAGGAGAACCAGUUCUGGUGGAAUGCCAAUCAUGUUCUGGUCCCAUACUGCACUAGUGACUCGUGGAGUGGGACACGAGUCGAACCUGAUGAGGAGUCACAAUUCAGUUUCAUGGGAGCUGCCGUGGUGCGCCAAGUAGUUGAGGACCUGUUGCCACUGGGACUUCAGAAUGCCUCACUGUUGCUGUUGGCAGGGAGCAGUGCUGGUGGGACAGGAGUGAUGCUGAAUCUCGAUCCAAUAGCAGGCCUACUCCACAUGGGCUAUGGGCUGACACACAUCACAGUGCGGGGCGUGUCAGACUCAGGCUGGUUUCUUGACCGUGCUCCAUACUCACAAGAUGGACACUCUCUGGCACCCCUCGAUGCUGUCAAGAAAGGGAUUAGGCUGUGGCAAGGGCAGGUGCCCCUUGAGUGCCAGGCUUGCUACCCUUCAGAGCCAUGGAGGUGUUACUUUGGCUACAGAGCCUAUCCCACCCUCUCAUCUCCCCUGUUCGUGUUCCAGUGGUUGUUUGAUGAGGCACAGAUGACAGCCGAUAAUGUUGGUGCCCCUGUUACAAAGCAGCAGUGGGAUUACAUCCAUCAGAUGGGGGACAGCCUGCGUAGCUCCUUCCACAAUGUCAGCGCCGUCUUUGCUCCAUCCUGCAUCUCACACUCGGUGCUCACCAAGAAGGACUGGCAGUCCAUCAAAAUAGAUGAGAUUUCACUGCCCCAGGCCCUGAGAUGCUGGGAGAUGUCUCACCCUCAUCAAAAUGGUACAUUGUUGAGAGAUGCUCCAUUGGCACUGAAGGUGGCACGUAACAUGGUGCGCAGUGGGCGUGUGGCUACUGAGGCACCACCAUCAAGGAGAAGGAAGGCCAAUGGCAGUAACAGGGGGAAGAAGAAGAAAGAAACACGAGCCAGACUGCGGCGAGCUUCAGCAAGUUGUUCUCACCACCUCAUAGAGCGAUGCUCAUGGCCACAGUGUAACCACUCCUGCCCCAGGCUUACCAACCCAUUUACUGGACAGGAAAUGGACUUCAUUGAACUUCUUAAGUCAUUCGGGCUUGAUAUGAUGAGUGUUGCCAACGCGCUUGGCAUUGAUAUUCACACACUCAAUAACAUGGAUCAUGAGGAGCUCCUGAACCUGUUGACACAGCGAGCCUGUCAUUAUCCAAUUGAAUCUCAUCAGAGUUGGGUGGCCCCAGUUGGCAGAGCGCCACCAGUAGUGAUGGCUGCAUUCCGCAUCUCCACGAUGUUGCUGUGUGUGGGAAUUGCUGUCACGGCAGACCGUUUCGACUGCAAUGCUGUGUUCCUCACUGUGUCAUCACUAUGGCGACCAUCAUCACAUGACCAUGGGCUUGCUGACCGGGACCUGGAGCUGAACUGGGAGCCAUCAUGUGACCCAGCAAUGCUGCCAGAUUGGGUGGGACUCUUCGACACUAACCCCAGCACUACCGAGAUACCAAGUCCACUUGUAAAGGUGCAUCCUGCAGACCACCAUGAUGGCUUCUUCAGGACUAAUGUCAGUCUGGGACGUCCACUGCUGCCUGGGGGAUGGGAGUUCGGGCAUAAUGCCACACCCACUGAGGGAGAUCACUGUUUCCCCUACUGGGCUGCCUCGUUCCGGGGGGACCAGCUGGUGCACAUGGACUGCCUGAAGAUACGGCCCACCUGGAUGUGGGACCACAGGCUACAGUUACGAUCCCUGUCACUGGGGGGGCUAUUCAUUCCUGGGACACACAACUCAGCAUGCUACAAGGGCUCUCUCACUCGAAGGGACACAUUCUCACGCUACCUGCUGACACAGGACACUGGUGUGUGGGGUCAGUUGGUGCAUGGUAUUCGGUACCUUGACCUGCGUGUCGGAUACUAUCCACCCACAAAUAAGACUGACACAAAGGAUCAUCGGACCAGGUUCUGGGUGAACCAUGACCUGAUCCGCGUUGGACCACUGCUGCCUGUGUUGCGGGAAGUGAAGCAGUUCUUGCAGAAAACGAUGGGUGAAGUUGUGAUACUGGAUCUGCAUCGCUUUCCUGUUGGGUUCCAUGGGCGCCCUGCCCGGCAUCGGUGUCUAGUGGCACUGCUAACCAGAGAGCUGAAAUCCAUAGCACUGCCUGUCUCAUCAGUCAGUGCUUCAACCCUCCUGAGGGACAUCUGGGACCGCGAUGACAACCGCAGAUUGAUUGUGGCAUAUGGGGACAAGAAUGUUGCUGCAGAGUCCACAUGGCUGUGGGGGCCACUCUCACAGGUGUGGGGUAACCAGCAGACACCCAGUGGGCUACGGAACUUCCUGCAGCGUAGCAUGGACAGUGCCAAGCAGCGUUCGCCAGGCCUGUGGGCUGCCAUGGCAGAGCUGACCCCUACACCUCUUGAUGUCAUGUUCAACCCGACAGGCAGCCUGCGUGUCAUGGCAAAUGCAGUCAAUCGAAACCUGACAUCAUGGUUUCGGAACGAGUGGUGGUCACAUACCAACAUUGUUGCAACAGAUUUCUUUCUAGGGAACAACCUGAUUGAUGUUGCAGUUGCUGCCAACCUUCGCAAAAUAAAUAUGGUGGAAUCAUGAUGACAUUAUAUGUAUCUCCUCACCUAACAUUUGCAGUUCUGUGGUUUGUUAACUCAUCAUCUAGACUGUUGUGGUUAUUAAAUUGAAAAUAAAUAACACAUAUAAACUCUGUAUAAAACAAUUCUCAGCAUAUAUCAUGCCUUGAGUUGGUAAUCUUGUGUGUUCAAUGAGAUCUCCAGAAUGACAUUUUUGGUUCUUACUGUAUGUUGAAAAUAGAAUCUAGUAACUGCCUAAUGGUCAAUGUUGUUAUCUGAUGACAUAACCUCAAAAAUGUUUUAGGCACAGUUUAUACAGAGUGUUUCAUGACUUUAUGUCAAUACUUCAGGAGCUUGUUUGUGAGGCAUUCCAAGUCAAAAAUGUUAUGCAAACAUGGGUCAGAUUCCCAGUGGCUGAAGUUCCAGAACUGUUUAUACAUAACUAAAUUGUUUUCAUGAGCAAGUUCAUAUAUAGUACAGAUCAGUUCAGACUAAUUGUUCAAGGUGUCCAUCUUCAGCUUCAAUACAUGUUUUGAUUUGGCUUCCUACUGAAUGUGUAACCCUACAAUGAAGCACAAAAUCAUUCCACAUCUUGCAACAUCUAAAAUUCUAUUGUCUUGUACUUGAGCUCCAUUCCUAAAGAUAAACACAACAUUUGGAAUAUGUACCAGUUGAUCAAGGCUUUGUAUAUGACGAAUUUGAGGUUUUUCCAGCAGUGGUUAUGGAAAAUUCUAUCUUCUUGGAUGCUGUACUGCUGUGUAGUCUGUUGAAAUUUCAAUGCACUACAUGAUGUUAUACCCCAGGAGACAGAACUUUGCAAGGCUUUGUAUAAGUUAUUCCAAAUGUUUUACUACAACUUUCUCCAUCUAACAAAUCUAUAACACUUUUGCUCCCAACAUAAUAUAAUCAAGAUCAAUGAAACAUGUGAAAGUAUGAGCAAUAUAUUGGUACAGAUAUUUUUUUAACUUACAAACCUUAAAAACCAUUUUUAAAGAACUGCAAAAAUAUUUUCUGAAAACAAAAAAUGACUCAAUAUACCACUCUGACCUAAGUACCUUACUUUAUGAUGCAAUUUUCUAGACCUAACACAACCACCUUAAUCUGUGUGACUUCCAUUCUCCAGACUUGCUUUAAAUAAUGUCUGCAACUGUUACAAUCUCAGUUCACUGACAUGGAAAGAUUUUUAUGAAGCUUGGUGUUGGGCCGCAGUUUUAGACUGCUGUAACACAAAAUUGUCAUGUUUAUGUAGCAUAGUGGCAUCUGUCUGUGUGUAGUAUGUAGUAACAAGUGUUUGUAGCAUAAUGACUGUUUAUAAUAGUAACAACUAUAUGUCUCACAGUAAAUAUAAUAAUACUAUUUUA